AAAUUACAGGCCUCUCAUCUUUUUAAGUGGGACAACUUGCACAAUUGGUGGCUGACUAAAUACUUUUUUUGCCCCACUGUAUAUCCAUCCUGCCCUGCCUUUCUAAAGUCUUCGAAAGCCAAGUUAAUAAACAGAUCACUGACCAUUUCGAUUCCCACCGUACCUUCUCCGCUGUGCAAUCCGGUUUUCGAGCUGGACCUCAGCCACGCUCAAGGUGUCAUAACCGCCAUCGAUAAAAUAAAGUACUGUGCAGCCGUCUUCAUAGACCUGGCCAAGGCUUUCAACUCUGUCAAUCACCGUAUUCUUAUCGGCAGACUCAGCAGCCUGGUUUCUCAAAUGACUGCCUCACCUGGUUCACCAACUACUUCUCAGACAGAGUUCAGUGUGUUAUUGUCUGUUGUCUGGACUUCUGGCAGUCUCUAUGGGGGUAUCACAGGGUUCAUUUUUUGGGCCGACUCUUUUCUCUGUAUAUAUCAACAAUGUUGCUCUUGCUGCGGGUGAUUCCCUGAUCCACCUCUACGCAGACGACACCAUUCUGUAUACAUCUGGCCCUUCUUUGGACACUGUGUUAACUAACCUCCAAACGAGCUCCAAUGCCAUACAACACUCCUUCCGUGGCCUCCAACUGCUCUUAAACGCUAGUAAAACCAAAUGCAUGCUUUUCAACCGUUUGCUGCCCGCACCCGCCCGCCCGACAAGCAUCACUACUCUGGACGGUUUUGACUUAGAAUAUGUGGACAACUACAAAUACCUAGGUGUCUGGCUAGACUGUGAACUCUCCUUCCAGACUCACAUUAAGCAUCUCUAAUCCAAAAUUACAUCUAGAAUCAGCUUCCUAUUUUGCAACAAAGCCUCCUUCACUCACGCCGCCAAACAUACCCUCGUAAAACGGACUAUCCUACCGAUCCUCGACUUCGGCGAUGUAAUUUCCAAAAUAGCCUCCAACACUCUACUCAGCAAACUGGAUGCAGUUUAUGACAGUGCCAUCCGUUUUGUCAUCAAAGCCCCAUAUACCACCCACCACUGCGACCUGUAUGCUCUCGUCGGCUGGCCCUCGCUACAUAUUCAUCGCCAGACCCACUGGUUCCAGGUCAUCUAAGUCUUUGCUAGGUAAAGCUCUUCCUUAUCUCAGCUCACUGGUCACCAUAGCAACACCCACCCGUAGCAUGCGCUCCAGCAGAUAUAUCUCACUGGUCAUCCCCAAGGCCAACAUCUCCUUUGGCCGCCUUUCCUUCAAGUUCUCUGCUGCCAUUGACUGGAACAAAUUGCGGAAGUUGGAGACAUAUCUCCCUCACUAACUUUCAACAUCAGCUAACUGAUCGCUGCAGCUGUACACAGCCCACCUGUAAAUAGCCCAUCCAAUCUACCUACCUCAUCCCCAUACUGUUUUUAUUUACUUUUUUGCUCUUUUGCACACCAGUAUUUCUACUUGCACAUCUUUCACUCCAGUUUUAAAUUGCUCAAUUUUAAUUACUUCGCCACUACGGCCUAUUUAUUGCCUUACCUCCUCACGCCAUUUGCACACACUGUAUAUAGACUUUUUUUUCUUUGUUUGUUCCAUGUGUAACUCUGUGUUGUUUGUGUCACACUGCUUUGCUUUAUCUUGGCCAUGUCGCAAUUGUAAAUGGCCUACCUGGUGAAAUAAAAAAUAUAACACAUUAGAUCUGGUAAAAGAUCGUACUUAAAGAAAAAUGCAUGUUUUUUUGUAAGUAUUUUUUUUGUACCAUCAUCUUUGACAUGCAAGAGAAAGGCCAUAAUGUAUUAUUCCAGCCCAGGAUUUUGGCCACUAGAUGGCAGCAGUGUAUAUGCAACGUUUUAGACUGAUCCAAUGAACCAUUGCAUCUGUUUAAAAUGUUGUAUCAAGACUGCCCAAAUGUGCCUAAUUGGUUUAUUAAUACAUUUUCAAGUUGAUAAUUGUGCAACUCCUUAAACAAUUUCAUGGUAUUAUUUUACUGUAAUAGCUACUGUAAAUUGGACAGUGCUGUUAGAUUAACAAGAAUUUAAGCUUUCUGCCCAUAUCAGAUAUGUCUAUGUCCUGGGAAAUGUUUUUGUUACUGACAACCUCAUGCUAAUCACAUUAGCCUACGUUAGCUCAACCGUUCCGCGGGGGGGGCACCGAUCCCAAUGAGCGUAUUAAUGCAUUUGAGCCAAUCAGUUUGUGACAUGGUAGGGGUGGUAUACAGAAGAUAGCCCUAUUUGGUAAAAUGUCAGUCCAUCAUUACUUUAAGACAAGAAGGUCAGUCAAUACGGAAAAUGUCAAGAACUUUAAGUUUCUUCAACUGAAGUUGCAAAAACCAUCAAGCGCUGUGAUGAAACUGGUUCUCAUGAGGACCGCCACAGGAAAAGAAGACCCAGAGUUACCUUUGCUGCACAGGAAAAGUUCAUUAGAGUUACCAGCCUCAGAAAUUGCAGCCCAAAUAAAUGCUUCACAGAGUUCAAGUAACAGACACAUUUCAACAUCAACUGUUCAGAGGAGACUGCGUGAAUCAGGCCUUCAUGGUUGAAUUGCUGCAAAGAAACCACUACUAAAGACACCAAUAAUAAGAGACUUGCUUGGGCCAAGGAACACGAGCAAUGGACAUUAGACCGGUGGAAAUCUUUCCUUUGGUCUGCAGUCCAAAUUUGAGAUUUUUGGUUUCUGACCGCUGUGUCUUUGUGAGACGCAGAGUAGGUGAAUGGAUGCUCUCUGCAUGUGUGGUUCCCACUGUGAAGCAUGGAGGAGGUGUGGAGGUGCUUUGCUGGUAACACUGUCUGUGAUUUAUUUAGAAUUCAAGUCACACUUAACCAGCAUGGCUACCACAGUAGCGAUAUGCCAUCCCAUCUUGUUUGCUCUUAGUGGGACUAUAAUUUGUUUUUAAACAGGACAAUGAGCCAAAACACAGCUCCGGGCUGUGUAAGGGCUAUUUGACCAAGCAGAGUGGUGGAGUGCUGCAAAAGAUGACCUGUCCUCCACAAUCACCCGUCCUCAACCCAAUUGAGAUGGUUUUGGAUGAGUUCCACAGCAGAGUGAAUGAAAAGCAGCUGACAAGUGCUCAGCAUAUGUGGGAACUCCUUCAAGACUGUUGGAAAAGCAUUCCUCAUGAAGCUGGUUGAGAGAAUGCCAAUAGUGGGCAAAGCUAAUAUCAAGGCAAAGGUUGGCUACUUUGAAGAAUCUCAAUUUUGAUUUGUCAAAGUUUAUUUUGGUUACUACAUUAUUCCAUAUAUGUUAUUUCAUAGUUUUGAUGUCUUCACUAUUAUUCUACAAUGUAGAAAAUAGUAAAAAUAAAGAAAAACCCUUGAAUGGGUAGGUGUGUCCAAACUUUUGACUGUUACUGUAUAUCUCAUCAAGUGUUCUUACUACUGUUAUGUGUGAUAAGAUUUCAUCAUUAUUGCUCAGAUUAUUAGACUAUUUUAAUACUGAAUAUCCUCAUUGGAAUAGAGCUGAAAGUAUUUGAGGGUAAAUCUCUUAAUUAAGUCAUUGGGGACAGUAGUCUUUGGGAUGGAGUCCAGAUUGGCCUCAAUGCAAUGGGUCCGGUGGUAUUUUAAGAUGGGAGCACAUAAGUUUUCACAUGUAGUUACCCAAAUUUAAUGAAAGUUUGAAACAUUCUCGCUACUCCAGCAAUUUCAAUAAUAAUAAUAAUUUAUUACUUUUGUAAAGCUCUUCAUUAUACAGUAGCCUAUAAGAAGUGCAUAUCUACUGUACAUACCAUAGUAUUGGCCCAUAUUUACUAUCACAAUUCAUUCACAAGGCAGCAUGAACCUUUGAUAUCCUAACCUAAGACUAACAGAGCCCCACAGCCUUGGGAAUGUAGACUGAUGAUUUCACAAGUUCUUGCACUCAUCCAUAAUCUAUCACAGUAACAAAUACUAUAUGAAUCUAAAUGGACUUAUACUGUAUGUAAGUAUGUGUAGGUAAUGGUGAGUGUCAUACUUGAGUAAAAGUAAAGAUACGUUAAUAGAAAAUGACUUUUAAGUGAAAGUCAUCCAGUAAAAUACUACUGCAGUAAAAGUAUUUGGUUUGAAAUAUACUUAAGGAUCAAAAGUAAAUGUAAUUGCUAAAAUAUACUUUAUCAAAAGUAAAAGUAUAAAUCAUUUCAAAUUCCUUUAUUAAGCAAACCAGAUGGCACAAUUUUAAAUUUUUCCGGAUAGUGAAGGGCAAGCUCCAACACCCAUUUACAAACGAAGCAGGUGUUUAGUCCACUAGUUCAGAGGCAGUAUGGAUGACCAUGGAUUUUCUCUUGACAAGUGUGUGAAUUAGACAAUGUUCCUGUCCUUCUAAGCAUUCAAAAUGUAACGAAUACUUUUGGGUGUCAGGGAAAAUGAAUUGAGUAAAAAGUACAUUAUUUUCUUUAGAAAUAUAGUGAAGUAAAAGUUGACAAAUAUAAAUAGUAAAGUACAGAUACCCAAAAAAAUGACUCAAGUAAAAAAUACUUGAAAGUACUACUUAAUACUUUACACCACUGCCUUUGGGGAGGUGGGACCACAGUUUCAGUGUGGUAGGAGGGGUUUAGUACUACUGCUGUGAGGCCAGAGAUUAAAUAAUUUAUAAAGCCAGGAAUCACAAUGGUCUGGUGAGUUUGUUCUGACCUGCAUUGGAGGAGAAGAAAAGGGAUAAUCCAUAUUAAAUGUGGAAAGGAAGCGUGCACACUUAGAAUGAAGACGGGGACAGUCCUUGCAGUGUUGUUGCUGGCACUGUUUUCAUCUGCUGCAGCAAAGCCCAAAAGUCGCUUCACACGAUAUCCAUCAUGGAAUACGAAAAUGUAUCCGGUGUGGAAAGAUGAAGACCCUCGCUACAAAGACUCUUGGAAAGGUGGCAAGGUAAAGUUCAUUGUGGGUAAUGACGCACCGACCCUGACUGCAGCCAAGGUGACCUUUACCAUCGAGCUGCAGUUCCCACACAACCAGAAGGUCAUGCCCGACGGAGAGGUGGUGUGGGCCGAGAACUUUACCGUCAAUGGAACACACUACCAUCAGUCUGAGCCAGUGUAUCCUGCACAGAACGCGGAGUGGAACGGAGUCUUUCCCGACGGCACACCUUUCAGGAAGGGUGGUGACAAACCCCCUCCGUAUGUGUUUGUAUGGAAGACAUGGGGUCAGUACUGGCAGGUGUCUGAUGGCCCCUCCUCCUCUCUCACCAUCGGGACAGACAAUGUCCCUCUGGGUUCCUACAUAGUGGACAUUGUCAUUUACCAUUACCGCAGCCACGAGAAGUUCAUCCCUCUGGGAUACGCCUCCACACAGUUCUCCAUCACUGAUCAAAUCCCCUUUGCCGUCUCGAUGAGCCAAGUGAACGACGUCAACGAGGCAGACCUGAGCUUCGUCCAGAACAGAGCAAUAGCCUUCACCAUCAGUCUCCACGAUCCCAGCGAGUACCUGAGUGACGCUGACAUCACAUACAACUGGGACUUUGGUGACAGCAGCGGAGCUCUCAUCUCCAGAGAGCUGACUGUCACCCAUACCUACAUAGUGGCUGGCGGCUUCAAGCCUCAGGUGGUUGUACAGGCCGUUAUCCCUGAUAAAGCAUGUGCCACACCAGCUGGUGUUAUCCCCACUGGUAGCACUGUCACUAUUGGGCCUGCAAACCUGGCAGGCACGACAGUGAGAGCUCCUGCUGCGGCUGCGUCGGCUGCUCCAGUAACAGCGGCCACACAGGGAGCUACAGUAAAUGUAGGCCCCUCAGUCCCCGCUGAGACUGACACACAGGAGGACACGACUGAGGUGGGAGCCUCCACCGCUCAGCACACAAAGACACCUUCUCCAGUCAACCCUGACACCUCAACUGUCUCCGCUGGUUCAACAACAGUUGCUUCUGAAGUAGAGCCAGCAGGGGAGGCCGCUACGGCACAAGUUCCCGUGGUGAUAGUUGUGAAGCGUGAAGCAGGUGAAAAACCCAAGGAUGAUGACUGUGUGAUCUAUCGCUAUGGGUCCUUCUGCGCUGGCAUUGACAUUGUUGAGGGCAUUGAGAGUUUGAAGAUUGUGCAAGUGGACAAUGCUCUGAUCAAGACUGAUGAAUUUGAGGUUGAACGAAAUGUAGUGGAUCUAACUGUCACCUGCCAUGGGAGCCUUCCCACAGAGGUGUGUAUGGUGGUGUCGGAUGCAGACUGUCUGAUGCCAGUCCACACCAUGUGUAACACAGUGUCGCCCUCUUCUGAGUGCCAGCUGGUACUGCGUCACUUUUUCAAUGACUCUGGCAUCUUCUGCAUCAAUGUGUCCAUGACCAAUGAUGUCAGUCUGGCAGUCACCAGCGCCAAAGUUAGCGUGACCAUGGGUUCCGGUCUGUCCUCAGUGGACACUGUAGCCAUGGUGAUGGGGGUCCUGAUCAUUGCUCUGGUCACUGGAUCCGUAGCCUACACUUACAAACGGUUCAAAUCCUACCGUCCUCUGAAGGAGGAAUCUGUGGUUGGCUCCUCCUCCCAGAGCGCUGAGAGCAGUCCUGGUUGGAGCUCUGGACCUCUGCUGUUUUGGAACCUUCUGAGUCGACAGGCUCCUGUAGAGAACAGCCCACUGCUCGAUGACAGGCUUGUGUGAAUGGACAACAACAAUCCAUUCAACUGUCAAAUACACACAAAAUAACAGCCAAGAAACAUUUUAUUUGCACAUAUAGUCAUCUGACAUGUUUUGUUUUUUGUUAUAUACUUUUUAUACAUUUAUUUUUGAACUGUGUGUAAUUUGGCUUAUUUCCCUCAAACUAAACAUUUUUAAAGAGCAUAUGUAUUGUAAGACCAACAUUGAUUUAACAUUUUUAUACUGGAGGUUGGACCAGUGAAUAUUAGUGGAAACUACUGUGAAGUUAUACAUUUUAAUAUCUUUCCCCCAUUAAAAUCCCCCAAAACUG